AUGAGACCUACUAAUUGGAAACAUUCUAGGCAAUCAAGCAUCACUGAUGCAAGCUCUUCUACAACAGGGAGCUCCAAUCAGCACUAUCGAACCGCCACACAUUUUCAGCCUAACGUAGAUGUCAGAGACAGACAUGUGUUUCCAAGCAGUUAUGGCAUGCAAGACCCACAAUCGUAUGCGAGUAAUGCAAUCAACGCAAUACCUGAUCUCGAAGCACAAAAUGUGAGUACGAGAAUAGGGAGAGGUAGUCAUGACACCUCUUUCAGCCAAAUUACCGACUCGAGCCUUCCGACAAACGAUAUCUAUUCAACAACCAAUCCUCAGCAUUUAUUUCCGACUGGCUUCAAUCAACCACCGAAUGAUAUGUAUAGUCAAUUUAUGGCAAGCCAAGCUCAAAUGCCCACCCAUCAUUCACCACAAACACAUCUCGCUCAUCCAACCAGCACAUAUCACCAUAACAUGCAAGCCUCACAGUCAUCCCAAUUACUGUCUCUCAACAGACCCACUGUAUGCGUUUGCGGUAUGAUGGGUCAAUCCCAAUGCAUUUGUGGUUUUGCAGACUCGUUGAACCGUGGCCUGUCGAGACUUAAUGCAGAAUCGUCGACUUUCAGCAAUGUGCCUUCAAAUCAUACUGCUUUCACUCCAGCUGCUGCUCCUCAAAAGCGAUCAAGGGGACCAAAAGGACGUCAAAGCAAAGCGAAUGAUAGUAGCAGUAACACUUCUACCGCCAGCAUCGCUACAGGUAGAAGACAGAGCUCAAGUUCAAGAGUACGAUUGGGACAUCCAGGUUCAGUUUAUCUCAACGAACAGCCGUCCUCAUUGUUAGGAGAACCAAAUGAUCAUCCAUGGCAACCAGGAGGCUUCAAUGAAGUCAGUCGGCGUCUCUACGACCCUGCAGCGAUGGAAGAUCUAUCCCGGAUGGCAAGCACAAGCAGUUCAUACCAUAAUCUUGCAUCGUCGAGUACAUCCGGCAGUGAAAUUGCAAAUAGUCAAAGUCAUAGUGCAAUUGAUUAUCAAUCCGAAGAAACCAGAUGGAAUGCGAUCGUGCGGAGAUCCCACCUUGCCGACAGUCAUUUCGUUUAUGGAUCCCAUACAACACGAAUCUAUUGUCGUCCUUCGUGUGCAUCCAAGCAACCGGAACGUACAAAGGUGGUAUACUUUAUGUUUCCCGACGCGGCCAUCAAAGCGGAAAGGGCAGGUUAUCGAGCAUGCAAACGGUGUAAGCCUGGAACGCAAGGUGUAGCGGAUGCAUGUGUGUUGGCAGUAGGCGAAUGUUUACGACAUAUGACCAGAGCGGCAAUUUUGGGAGAAUCAGAAGAUGUUGACGGAAGGAUGAAAAAGAAAACAUUGAAACAAUAUUCUUCUGAUUUUGGCGUAAGUGCGUUUCACUUUCAUCGAACGUUGAAAAAAGUUAGCACGAUGACCCCUGGUGAAUAUGGACAAGUAUGUCAUGCUCUUGUUUUACAAGAUGAACUUGGAAUCGACAAUACCGGCAUACCUUUGGAAACGGAAGAAUUGCAACGUAAAUUGCGAGGUUGGAGCGCAAGAAGGGCAAGGAGAGCUCUUGGAAACGUUUUACCAAUGAUUUAUGCUUCAGGCAUGUUGGAUUUGCAAAUCGUUUACGUUGUGGCAGAGAAUACGCCGUACGGUUGCGUUGUGGCAGUGUAUGGAGUUGAAAUUAGAGAACGUUCUGAUCAAAGCGAGGCUGCACGAGAGAAUGGUCAAAUUUCCGUCGUAGGUUUAUUGAUCGGUGAAGAUGCAGUCAGGCGUGCACGAUUACGUUGUCCUCGUGCAAUUCAUGAUCGUAGCAGAUCAGAAUGGCUACACACGAUGAUCAAUGACUUACAUGCGAAAGGAACUCGCGAAGUACAAAUGCCAGCAGAGGUUAUACCAUGGCUUCGUAGAGCUCGUGCUUAUGUGGCAGUGAAAAAAGCAAUUGAGUCGCUUUCAUCACAGAGAAGAACAAACAAUCCUCUGUUUCUUGCGUCUUAA